GCCGGACUAUCAGGAGUGCUGAACUAUUGGAUGCCGGACUAUUGGAGUUUUACUGUAGAUGUAAUUUGAUCAGAUUUCUGUAAAAAGAUCUCAGUAGAUAUUUCUAGUUCUACCUAUUUGAGUAGAAGUUAGGUACUUUAGUUGUCUUGUAUUGACUGCUCUACUUAGUUCAAUAGCUCAAACGACUGAAGUAAAUAAAUCAUAUUGGGGUUGAUAGGUGGGGAGAAAAAUUAAUUUAUUGCACCUCAGUAUGUUAUGUGUCCAUAUACAAUUUUAAAAUUGUGAUAAAAGUCUUAUAUUUCUAUGUUUUGUUCUGCAGUGGAUUAAAAUAAUUUAAUUACAUUUUUACAAUCCUAUUUAUGUAGGAUUGUUUGUGACCUUUGGUCCCUGGUACACAAGGCUUGACAAUUACGGCAAUCUACUCGCCCAGGGCGAGUAGAUUUUAGAGUGGCACGGCACCACAGCGUGAUCAGCGCAUGGGCAACAUGGUCUGCGCAUGUGCAGCGUGCCAGACCGCACGGUUGGUGAGCGGGGCUCGCGCCGCUUGACAAGCCCUGCUGAUACACAUACAAUAUCCAGCUCCUUAAUCUCUAACCAAUCAUCAGAUACAAAAUGUGGUCAUCGAUAUGAACUGACAUCACACUAUUAAUAGAAAGCAGGUAGGUAUUCAGUCAUGUCAUCCAACUAACUCUGUUACCCAAGUAAUCUUUUUUUGGUAACUUCUGCAUUAAACUAUUGUAUAUAUAGAAAGUUUUGAUCAAUGUUUUCUGGAAUUAUACUGCAAAUAGUUUUCUCUGAUUUACAUAAGCAUUUCUAAAUAUUUCAAUACUAGUUAAAUUGGACUAGUUGCUGGAAAGUGUUUUCAUCAAUGAUUCAAUAUCCUUGUAUAACACAAUGACUAUGCCCAUGAAAUGCAUCCUUUAUCAGUGGAGUAUAAUUGAAUAUGAAUAUGAGAGAAUAGUAAUUUGACUUUUGAGACACUGUCACUGGAAGUGUUCAAGAUGAAACAAGAUAAAAUUCUCUGGUCAGCUAAAACCAUGUUACACAGCAUAAGCAGCACAAAUUGACCUUAAUUUGUAAGAGAGGGCCAUUGGUGAAUCCAUUGGUGCUGGUGAAUUUCUGCCAGACAGAAAGCAGGAAAAAGCAGCUCUGCCACUUCCUGCACUACCUCCAUUGGUAGUGUAGCCCUACCCUCCUCUUUCAUGAUUUCAGCUUCAGAGUUCAUACAUGGUUACAUAAUUAUCUGUGAGAGAGGAAGUCAUGUGCAAGACAGCUGCUAUGCGCAUGGCAGAAAUCUCGAACUGAAGAUGAUACCCUGCAACAAAGAUUUCAUAUGUGUCUCUGUAGAAGACAAAUUGUAACAUCACAGCAGAAAUCUGGGACCGUCCCAGAGAAGGAAGCCUUCCCGUAGAUCCGAAGGGAUUUCUAGGAAUGCUGUGGCCUUGUGGUCGAUCUCUGGGAAGCUGUUGCCUGGCUAGCUCCAGCUGCCUGUGAAAUCGGAAGAAAUCUACGCCGCAUCUGUAGCCUGCCUCCAUACUGAUACAGAAUUUAAGUAUGGAUAACAACUUUAAGACAACGACACCUUCUUAUACUUUUCAAAGUCCUUCAGAUUCAUUGCUUUCAAUUCAUCUGUUAGAUUUCAAAACAAGUUUACUAGAAGCAGUAGAAGAAUUGCGUGUGAGAAGGGAUGCUGAAAUUAAUUAUGAAGAUCAAAUUAAUAAAAUUAUUAUGGAGAAACAGGAACUUGAGUGGCAGAAGGAAACUCUGCAGCAUGAGACAGAAGCAUUAACCAAUCAACACAAAGAAGCCAUGGCAGCUUUUAAAAAACAGUUACAAGCAAAGACAUUUACCAUGGAAGAAGAAAAGGGCAAAUUUCAGCUUGCUGUAGAAACAAAAGAAAAAGAAAUUGAUGGGCUGAAAAAAACAUUAAAAACAUUACAGAUUUCAAAAUACUCUUUACAGAAGAAACUGAACGAAAUGGAUCAAAAGCUACAAAUGCACAUAAUGACAAAGGAGGAGCAUCAUAAGAAACUGAAUGAAGUUGAGAAAUGCUAUGCUACUAUUACAUGUCAAUUUGGAAUGAUAAAAGGGGCUCAUGAGAAAUUAGAGCAGAAUGGUAAAUCUGUCAUAAAAUGUGUCUCACAAUAGCUAUUUUUUUUUUAGUAUUUUUCCUCUUUGAUGAGUAUGUGAAAAUACAGAGGUUAAUCUUGUCUUCUCCAUGGCCCUGCCGUGGUGGAACCGAUGAGUUUCUGUGAUGGAAAGGAGGAAGUAGAAUUUCUGAACCCUGUACCUAAGUCCACGGAAACUGCAUGCUUUAAUAAUCUGUUUUAUUUAAAAAUUCAGUCAAUAUAUGUAUAUGUAAAUAUACAUAUCGAAUGUAAAUAUUAGUUUUAAAAAAGAAAACUAUCCAAGCAUUAUAUGUCAAAAAAGUCUUGCUUAAUAAUGAAUUAACUAAUUUUUCAAAACUUUAAACUAACUAGAUUUUUAUAUUUAAAUAAGAGGAUGUGGGUGGCACUUACUGUGCACAUUCUUGGCAUUUUAAUGGCUGGAAUUAUUGCUCAUUAUCAUGUCUUUUGAAAUACAAUUGCGCUUAAUAUUUAAAGCAAAUGAAAACAUUUCAGUUCUUUAUUUUUAACUUCUUCUAUGCUGAAAAUAUUAUUUGUGAUUUUAUGGAAAUAUAACAGUAGCUUUCAGGAUUUAUAUUGUUUGGAAUAUAUAUAAAUAUAUUUUAUCAUGCUUCUAUAUGUAUUUCUCAGUAUUUGCAAAGUAAACAUCUGGAAAAGAUUAAAUGUAACAGCAAUAUAAAUGCUUCUAUUACAUAGGAAAAGAACUAUUCACUGUAGUAACUACAAUAUAUCUCUUACUGAAGAGAAAAUUCAUUUUAUACUGUGGUAUGUAACAGCCAUAUUAAGCAUCUAGAUCACUUAUAAAUUCUGAACAUGAAUCUACAGACAAUGGAAAAGGAAAUCGUAUAUUUUAAAAACCCCUCUAAUUUCUAACCUGUUUCCCUGAGAUUAAAAAUAAUGUUUGUGAAAACAAUUUGUAGAUUUUGAAAAUGUUGAAGCUAAAAUUGGGUGCUUCCAUGUAGUUGUAUAGUAGAGAUGCUCCUCUUUCUAAUAGGAUCCAGUGUUUUUAACUAUGAAACAAAUAAUAAUAAUAAAUAAUGCCAAUCUAUCAGGCUUUAAAACCAGGAAGGUGAAAUCCUGGUUCCAUUGAACUCGAUGGGAGGUUUCUCAUAGACUUCAGUUGGACAAAAUUUCACCUAUGAUAUUUUAUGUAUUGAAAUGUUGUCUUGGGACAUUUUAAGAAGUAUUAUAUAUUUAUUUUGAAUUUUUCUCGUAUAAUGCUGUUACUGUGAUAAACCUGAUCACAUUAUAAGCCCAAAUUUCAAACAUUCUGCCUGUAAUUCACCCACUGUAUCUAAUGCCUGAGAAUAACAUUUUUAAGAAUUUUGGAAAAAUAAUAAAAAGGAGCAGGAGCUGGAUGGCACAAAUUGGAGCUACCCAAUUGUGGAAUAGGAUUUUUGGAGAGACAAAAGGAGAGUCCACGAAGGGGAAACAGUAAAUGGGCAGAGCAUAGAAUAAGGGAUGAAGAGAAAGUAAAGGAGAUCAAGGUGCAUGAAUCGAGUAGAGGCGAAGAAGAAAUAUAAAGACUGGAGGAAAUGUACAAUUUUCUAGAUGUAGUAUUUUAAACACUUGUAGGGCAUGUCAAUACUAAAAUAUAAGGUCGACUCCAAUACUGUAGAUUUCCUACCACGCAAAUGUGUGAAGUUGAAGGUCCAUGUCCUCACUGUGCAGAAGAAUUGAAUAGAGUCCGAAGAAGUGCAUCCCCAUUAGGGAGCCUUCUGUUGAUUCAGACAGUGAGGCACCUUGGGCGGCUUUGUAUUACAGGCUAUGCUUAUGGUGUCAGCUGGGUCCAAAACUCUUCUGCGGGUGGUCCGGGACUCAUGUCACUAGAGUUCCAGAAUGCAUUUGUCUGCUCCUUCCCUCUUGCCUGACAUCAGUGGGAGGCAGCCUGCUUACACCUUUUUGUGCCCUAGUUACCCAUGCAGAUGCCAUUGUAGCAUGAGCAUGGAGUUAGGUGUUGUCAAGGCUCCUUCCCCACUCUGGCACAAUAAAUGUAGAAGUGAAGGUCUGCAAAAGUACCGCAAAACCUUAUCUUUCUAGGCUUUGGUAUAAAACUUCCCCCCAAAAUCUUUAAAAAACCUAAAUUUUGGGGAUAGAAAUCCGCAGCCACCACCCAAAUAAUGAUAAGGAAACCAGGGGAGAGAUUGCUUGGGAAAUCUCACUCCUAAAGUAAAAC